UUGCUUCCCCCGUCUCGUCAGGUCCAUCAGGUCCAGCUGUGUGUAAUCUCCCAGUGUUCUUCAGGGUGUAUUUAAGUCGUGUGAACUCGUGUGCUGAUCGCUGGUCUGUCUGUGUUCGUUCAUGUCAUCCUUCAUAUACCUCCGCUCCCCUUCCUUCAUGUUCAGGUUUACUGUUUAGUUUUUCCCUGUUUAGGUUGCUUUUAGUUCCAUUUUGCAACAAACCUCCCUCGCAUCUCAGCGAGUGCCUGCAUUUUGGGUCCUCAUUUAUUCCUCCACACGGCUCACUCCGUUAGCCGUGACAGAUAAUGUAUUUGGGUGGGUGAAUUUUGUGACCAUUCCUUAGCGGCACUGAAGUGGCAGAGGGAUUUCUAAAGAGGGGCGGACAUGGGGUAGCAAAAGCUACUUCAACACUGACUUUAAAGAAGCACACAGGAGCAGGGUAAGAGAAGAUGGCUUGGAUUUGCAGCCGUCACUUUGAGAGCUUUCGCUGACUGCUGAGUGAUAGUAAGUAGUAAAACAUAUUUAUUCAUAUGAACAUGUGCCAGACGGCGACUGUUUCCAAACAUUAUCCACCCACCUGUCUAUCCUCAGGCUAGGAGCACAUUUUCCAGCAGCAAACCAUCCAGUGGGUUACAUAAUAAAGGCAAGAUUUACUGUACGGCUGGUCAGCCUAGUGGCAGUCCUGACUUCCUAUCCAAGCUCUGGGAAGGUGGCAUCCUGCCCACCUGGGACUCGUAUGGUUUCUAAGAACCAUCUCCCAUACAGAAGCCCGAGCUGUCCAAGCAGCUGCUGCUGCCUGCAGCCAUGCUACAUACUUCUGUUUGAGGUUAUGUGACAUAGAUUUAUUGUUUUAGAAGAAUCAGUGUGAAACUGCUCUGCAUGGACACUUUGGGGUAAAUGAGUCAUAAGCCUGAGAGUCUUUGUGUGGCUCUCCGGAUUUUAUUAGGAAAAUGGUUCCAUGUGUUUGGGUGUGUUUACGUCAGUCUUUGUAGACAGGAGCUGUUAGUCUUCACCUUUAGCUCUGCUAAAGAUAUGUGCCCCUGGGUAAUGCCUGCCUGCGCUCGGAGCAGCGUCAUUCACACCAGCUCUGUGAAGUGAAGUGCGCAUGCGCCAACCAGCGUGCAGCCUGUUACAGUCGCUCCUGCUUUUUCUCUUAGUUUAGCUCUGUUUUCUUAAGUAUUCUUUUUUUUUUUUUGACUUGUAUUUUCAUCCGUUUAUUAUCUUUCACUCAAUCAUGUGGAUUGAGACAGUUUUUGUUCUUCUGGCGGCCGUGGAACUACUACUUUUAUCAAGGAACGGGACCGCGGCACAUCUCCUACACGCGUGGACUGUUUACUCCAGAGAUCAGCUGAUCGCCCUGAUGCCGGCCGGCUCGCUGGCCAGACCCACAGAAGUACCAGCUGAAAUUUGGAGAAAAACACAUCGGGGAGGCAGAGGUCAAGGACAGAAGAGAAGAAAGAAGGAGACGGUGAGACAGCAGAGGCUCAAAGCGAGGAGGAGGUAUAAACCGUGUCUGCCGUCUAUCGUGAUGGGAAAUGUGCGAUCAUUAUUGAAUAAAAUCGACGAGCUCUCAGCACUGGUACGGAGUCAGAGGGAAUACCAAGAGUGUAGCCUCAUGUGUUUCACUGAAUCAUGGAUGCACCAGGACAUUCCCGACGAGAAUGCUUCCGUGGAAGGCUUCCACACUGUUCGGGCUGACAGGGACAGCAUCGCUAGCGGUAAGCGGAAAGGAGGUGGGCUUGCUGUUUUAGUUAACAACCGGAGGUGUAACCCCGCCCACAUAACAAUCAAAGAAAGGAUUUGUUGCCCGGACAUUGAACUGUGUGCUGUUGGACUCAGGCCGUAUUAUUUACCCAGGGAAUUCUCUCAUGUCAUCUUGGUGGCUGUUUAUGUCCCUCCCUCUGCUAACCCCACAGCUGCAUGUGACACUAUCCACUCUGCCACAGCCCGGUUACAGACUCAGCACCCGAGUGCCUUUAUUGUGAUCUCGGGUGACUUCAACCAUGUAUCACUGGACAAUACACUACCAACAUCAGACAAUAUGUGGACUGUCCCACCAGGGGAGAGAAGAUUUUAGACCUUCUGUAUGUUAAUGUCAAGGAUGCAUACAGCUCCUCCUCCCUCCCCCCACUUGGUAGGUCAGAUCACAACCUGACUCACCUCACCCCACGCUAUGUGCCAAUUGUGAGGAGGGAACCUGUGACCACGAGGAGCAAUAGGAGGUGGUCAGAGGAGGCCCUAGCGGAACUACAGGGCUGUUUCGAGGUGACCGACUGGGAAACACUCUGUGAGCCUCACGCCAAGGACAUCAAUGGGCUUACUGCAGGGGUGUCCAAAGUCCGGCCCGCGGGCCACAUUUGGCCCGCAGUCCA